AUGCCGCCGACGGCCUCCCCGUCGGAGCGCGACUCCGAGCGCGUUGGGCCACAUCCAUCGUACAUUGAGGUUGCGAAGCCGUACAUUCUGCAGUCGCGCAUGCAGAGAUGUCUCUCGGAUAUCAACAUGAGCGACGCCAAAGAGGAUGCCGUGCGUCUCCAAGGCGUCGCAUGGAUCGACCAAGUGCGACGCGCAUUACAGCUUCCUAUCCGCACCUUCAAUACCGCCGUCAUCUAUUACCACAAGUUCCGUCUGCUGCAUGCGGAUAACGAAUACAACUGGGCUGAUGCAGCGGCUGCCGCCUUAUUCACUGCAUGCAAAAUUGAGGAUACAUUGAAGAAGAGCAGAGAGAUCUUGUGUGCACACUGGAACCUCAAGGUCGGGCCUGGUGAGAGCUUGAGCAGCGAUGACCCACGCUUUGAAAACCACUCCAAGCUCAUCAUCGGGCUUGAACGUCUUAUGCUCGAGAGCGCCGGCUUUGACUUUCGCAACCGAUACCCCCAGAAACUCAUGGUCAAGCUUGCCAGGGCUCUGCGCUUUGACGCAAGCAACGAGGCCAAGACAAUCUGGAACCUGAGCAUCGAUUCGUACCGAACAUUUGCGCCGUUGAAGCAGUCUACACCGACCCUGGCUAUCGCGUGCGUGGAGCUUGCAGCGAGACUGCAUGGCAAGGACGCAACGCGGUUUGUGGACACAGGACCGGUUAGGUAUAGCAAGUGGGCGACAAGUCGGGCAGAGGUUAUGGAGACCCUCCUUGAUAUGCUGGAUCUGUAUACGCACCACCGCAGCGCGACUUCUGUCGGACCCUCGUAUACACUCGAGCAUUUCAUCAACAUUCGUAUUGGGCUUAACCAGGAAGCUUCGGCAGCUAACAUCCCGCGCUACUCACAGUAUGCGUUUGAGACGGCUUUGAGUGGGGAUAACACCGCCAAUGGCCUCAAGGCACGGAAUGGCAUCGACCCCACGAGCCCGCUCACGCCGGCCACUCCCGUCACACUCUCACCUGGUGUCGAUCAGCCACCCAAGUCUGCGAUAGGGAUCCGCGGUCAGAACGGCACCGUUAGGUUCAUGCUGGAUGCAGCACGCGCCCACGACGAACGCGCUGCGGUCGAAAAGUUCCACAAGGUCGAAGAAGAGGAGUACGAGGUUGAGGUUCCAAAUGACACCAGGGUAGAUGACCGGGAGAGGGAUAGAGCAAGGGUUGGAAGAACAUGGCUCCAGAAGAAAUGUAGCACAAACCGCCUCGACCCCGCUGGUCCAGACAUCUUGUCCGAUAAUCGACGACACCCAGAAGGCGGAGGCAAGGGUAAUUGCAGUCGUGCGAGGCCUAAUAAGAAAAUACGUCUUAAACAAAAGAUGGAACAGGAUGCUAGAGAGGAUGUUUCCCAGACACCCAGUCGUGCCCAUCGUGCGACUCCGCAUGCCCACAUGGAGUAUGAGCCCGCCACUUUUCAGUCUUACUAUCGUGCGGAAACUCGAUCACUAUCAGACUCUGUUCCUGCCCAAACCAAAGAUCGGGCUUCAUCCAAGUACGACAAAGCACGCAAGGAUACGGACUAUAGCGAAACCCCCAAGCAACCACCGAUUCGUCGCUUGAUCGACCGCAUAGUCUUUCCCUCGCCAACAAAAAAGAGGAAGCUAGAUACCAAGUCACAAGCACGUAGCAGCGAACCUUUGAGUAAACGACAUCAAACACGCGAAACAGGUCUCUCUGAGGCGGAUGGUCACCAGUGGAAGAAGGAGAGCAAGGGCAAGGACGAGAAGCGAGGUGGAGCCAGGGGAGGAGGCACUAUCUUACCCACAUUCGGUGUCUACGUCUUCCAUUUUGGAAGGGCGGCGGAUAUACCGGAGCUAUGCCCAAUACGGCAGAACCGCAUAAUGCACACUCGAUUUCGAAGCUUCCUCCGCGAAUUGGCCGCAUGUGAGAAUGACGCGGGGCCCUACCGUUCAGAAUUCGAGACGGAGCGGAGGCGCAAACGACCAUUUUGGACAUUUGACUUUGACAGUGAAGGGCGUCGCAAUGCAACUGCUUUGGGCGUUGGAGGCUACUUCGCGCCACCAGCAUGGGGCGUGCUUUAG